AUUGCUUCAACUACCCAAUAAGAACAGCCACAUGACUGUUAACAUCUUAGCCAGCCCCAUACCCUUCUCCCUCUAUAUAACCACAACCACCAUAGCAUUCCAAAAGCACCACAACACAGAAAAGAAAAGGCCCCAAACACAUAAUUACUACACUACCUUUCCAUAUCUGGGUCUUGCAAGAGUUGAGUGGUUGAUCAUGGCCACCAUGGGAACUAGGGUUUCUUUGUUGUGCAUUGUGUGGGUGGUUCUUGGAGCAACAAGCACUCCCAGGGCAGAGGCAGUGGUGACAUGUGGGCAAGUUGUGAGCAACCUGACCCCAUGCAUUUCCUAUGUGAUGUAUGGUGGAACCAAUGUUCCUGAUCAGUGCUGCAAUGGGAUCAAGAACCUCUAUGGCCUGGCUCAGACCACACCUGACCGCCAAGCUGUUUGCAACUGCAUCAAGAAUGCUGUUAGUGGCAGUGGCAUCAACUACAAUCCUAGGAAUCUCAACCUUGCUGCUAGUCUUCCCAAGCAAUGUCAUGUAAACAUUCCUUACCAGAUCAGCCCUAGCACUGACUGUAACAGUGUGCAGUGAGGUGGGAGCAUGGUGUUUUAUGUUAUACUAUGUUUGAAUAAAAGGCCACGUGACGUGACAUGGGAAUGGCUAGAAAAUGCUUCCUUGAGGCUUGUACGAGUUAUCUUAUGUCUGUGAUAAAGUCUGUAACUGAAGUAGUGGUGAAGCUGCUUGUGUAGGCACUAGUAGAAGAUAUAGAGUAUUAUGUAUGAGCUGUUAUUGUCCCAUAUAAAUCAGAAUAUAUAACUUCAGUUUUAUGAGACAUGAUUAAUGAUUAUGGUACUUUUGGGUGAUGUGUC